AGGCUAGGCGGCAGCGAAAAGGUUUUGAUGGGGUGGCUGAAAGAACGGGGAGUGGCCAGUGCAAGCCUGAAGGAGCAUACAAUGUUGAGGCUACUCAAAGUUGGUGCUCUCAAACCCAACAACUAUGCAUCGUGCACUGCAUGGAUCCACAACACAUCAAUAGACCUCCGAUCUAACCACCCAGCUAUCGCCGAGCAAGAUUUUCUGCUCAUGAGCGAAGCAGAGCACUGCGAGAAGUGGGACAUCAUCAGCCUCAGCCUCAUCCUGAAUUUUGUCCCGGAUGCAAAAGAUCGAGGUACAUAUGCAUUUCCCUCAGAUGCUGAAGGGCAAGUACUGAACUUGCUACCACUUCCAUGCAUCCUCAACUCGCACUACAGGCUCAUGCCAGAGCACUUCACAGCCCUCCUACAGAUCAUUGGGCUCUCCACGAUAAAGACAUGGUGGAAAGAGGGUGGCAAGAUGGUGUAUUGGCUCCUGCGCAUGACGCCCGUCAUGUCACACAUGACCGAUCCAGCACUAUAUGAGAGCAAGAAAGUUUUACGACCGGGGAAAAGAAACAACUUUGUUAUUCUGUUGUGA